AUGAAUCUUCUCCACCCUCUCCUCCUCCUCCCGCCGCUCGCCGUCGCGAUUUCUUUCCUCCUGAUCAAAUUCGUCUACUCCGUCCUCUGGCUUCCCUUCGCGAUCCAGCGCCACUUCAAAACCCAAGGAAUUUCCGGCCCGGCGUACCGCCCCAUCGCCGGUAACUCCGCCGAGAUCCGCGCCCUCUUCGCGCGAUCAACGCCGCCGGCAGCGGGAUUCCACCACCGCGAUGUCGUCGCCAGGGUUUCCCCGUUCUACCACGCGUGGUCCCGCGCGUACGGGAAGACUUUCCUGUACUGGUUUGGGCUCAAGCCCAGACUGGCCGUAACGAGCCCGGACGUGAUCAAGGAGUUGUUGCUGAACACGAGCGGGUCGUUUGGGAAAGUCCGGUUCAACCCGCUGUCCAAGUUGCUGUUCGGGGCUGGGCUCGUUGGGCUCGAGGGAGAUAAAUGGGCCCUUCAUCGACGGAUCACUAGCCAGGCCUUCAACAUGGAGAGAGUUAAGGAAUGGGUGCCGGAGAUUGUAUCCAGCGCCGGGAAAAUGCUGGAGAAAUGGGAGGAGAUCAGAGGAGGAAGGGAAGAAUUCGAGAUCGACGUUCACAAAGAUACCCACCUCGUCUCCGCCGAUAUCAUUUCAAGAACUGCGUUCGGGAGCAGCUUCGAAGAAGGGAAACGGAUCUUCGCAGUACAGGAUCAGCAGCAGAAUCUGAUUUCUCUUGCCCUAAGAAGUGUCUACAUUCCAGGGUUCAGGUUCCUGCCGACGAGGAAGAACAGGGAUAGAUGGAGACUGGAGAAGGAAACUCGGGACUCGAUUAGGGUUUUGAUUCAGGGGAACAGCAGGGGAUUGGGGAAUUCCAGAAAUCUGCUUGCUUUGCUGACGUCUUCGUACAGGAAUCAGGAUGGAGUGGAGGAGAAAUUGGGUGUGGAGGAAGUGAUAGACGAAUGCAAGACGUUUUAUUUUGCUGGGAAAGAGACUACUGCCAAUCUAUUGACUUUUGCUCUGCUUCUGUUGGCGAAUCAUCGGGAGUGGCAGGAGAAGGCUCGAGAGGAAGUGGUUCGUGUCUGUGGAGGAAGAGACGAAGCUCUCCUUGCAGAGAAUCUGAGCGACCUCAAGAUUUUGAGUUUGAUAAUCAACGAAACUCUGCGAAUGUACCCUCCGGCCGUGUUACUAAUGAGGGAGGCCACCAAGAAAGUCAAGCUGGGCAGCCUGCAAGUUCCUUCAGGAACACAACUCUAUAUCCCUGUGAUAGCCGUUCACUACGACCCUGAAAUAUGGGGGGAAGAUGCCGACGAGUUCAAUCCUUCACGGUUCAACGAGCCUCGAAAGCAUAUGGCUUCGUUCUUGCCCUUUGGAAUGGGUCCCAGGAUCUGCGUGGGUCAGAAUUUAGCCAUCGUUGAAGCCAAGAUAGUGCUGGCUACCAUCAUCAGGAACUACUCUUUUGUACUGUCCCCUACUUAUGUUCAUGCCCCCAUGCUUUUGAUCAGCUUGCAGCCUCAGUGGUCGCGCGCGUACGGGAAGACUUUCCUGUACUGGUUUGGGCUCAAGCCCAGAUUGGCAAUAACGGGCCCGGACAUGGUCAAGAAGGUGUUGUUGAACACGUGCGGGUCGUUUGGGAAAGUCCCGUUCGACCCGAUGUCCAAGUUGCUCUUCGGGGAAGGGCUCGUUGGGCUCGAGGGCGAAAAAUGGGCCCUUCAUAGACGGAUCACAAACCAGGCCUUCAACAUGGAGAGAGUUAAGGAAUGGGUGCCGGAGAUCGUGUCCAGCGCCGGGAAAGUGCUGGAGAAAUGGGAGGAGAUGAGAGGAGAAAGGGAAGAGUUCGAGAUCGACGUCCACAAAGAAGCCCACAAUCUGUCGGCCGAUAUCAUCUCCAGAACUGCCUUCGGUAGCAGCUUCGAAGAAGGGAAACGAAUCUUCGCUCUCCAGGACCAGCAGCUGCAUCUCGUUUCUCUUGCCCUAAGAAGCGUCUACAUUCCAGGGUUCAGGUUCUUGCCCACGAGGAGGAACAGGGAGAGGUGGAGAUUGGAGAAGGAGACUCGGGACUCGAUUAGGGUUUUGAUUCAGGGGAACAGCGGGGGGUUGGGGAAUUCCAGAAAUCUCCUGGCUUUGCUGACGUCUUCGUACAGGAAUCAGGAUGGCGGGAAGGAAGAGGAGAAGAUUGGGGUGGACGAUGUGAUCGACGAAUGCAAGACGUUUUACUUUGCUGGGAAAGAGACUACUGCUCAUCUCUUGACUUUUGCUCUGCUUCUGUUGGCUAAUCAUCCAGAAUGGCAGGAUAAGCUUCGGGAGGAAUUGUUUCGUGUGUGUGGAAGAAGGGACCAACCUCUUGUUGCAGAGAAUCUGAGGGACCUUAAGAUUUUGAGUUUGAUAAUCAACGAAACUCUAAGAAUGUACUCUCCAUCUGUGUUGAUAAUGAGGGAGGCCACCAAGAACGUCAAGCUGGGCAGCCUGGAAGUUCCUAAAGGAACACAACUCUAUAUCCCUGUGGUAGCCGUUCACUACGACCCCGAAAUAUGGGGGGAGGAUGCUCACGAGUUCAAUCCUUCGCGGUUCAACGAGCCUCGGAAGCACAUGGCUUCGUUCUUCCCCUUUGGAAUCGGUCCCAGGAUCUGCGUGGGUCAGAAUUUAGCCAUCGUUGAAGCCAAGAUCGUUUUGGCUACCAUCGUCAGGAACUACUCUUUCGUAUUGUCCCCAACUUACGUUCAUGCCCCCAUGCUCUUGCUCAGCUUGCAGCCUCAGUACGGUGCUCAGAUUAUGCUCAGAAAGAUUUCUGGAAAUGAAAACUCGUGUUAACAGAUGGUUGCUUGAUCAUCACAGUAAUGUAUGAUUGUAAUCUUUGUAAGAUUCAUUCGCAUUUUGGACAACGAAAAACAUCUGUCGUAAUCAUAACAUUGCUUCGAAAGUUCGUCGAAAUUCGAGUAAAGAUGGAACAUGGUUCAUUACCCAGCACAAAAACAC